GGCCACAUCACUCAGCGCGCUCCAGAAGGCAAAUGUUGGCGGUGCGGUUAGCGCUCUUGCUUGGCGCGGCGCGCGCCUUCUACCUGCCCGGCGUCGCGCCGCGCGAGUACGGCACAGGCGAGCGGGUGGAGCUCAAAGUCAACAAGCUAACGAGCACCAAGACUCAGCUUCCCUACGAGUACUAUGCGCUGCCCUUCUGCCGGCCCGACGAGGUGGUCGUGGUGGCGGAGAACCUGGGAGAGCUGUUGCGCGGCGACCGCAUCAUGAAUUCGAUGUACGAGCUCAAGAUGGGCGUCGACGAGACUUGCAAAGUGCUCUGCCGCAAAGAGCUGACGGAGAAGGAGGCGGCGGAGUUUGCGCUCCGCAUCGACGAGGACUACCGGGUGCACUGGGUGAUGGACAACCUGCCCUCCGCGACAAAGUACGUCGACGAGACCAACCCGGCCAAGCCGCUCACCAUCUACGACCUCGGCUUCCCUCUCGGCUUCCGCGGCUCGGGCGAGAUUCCUGGGACGGCGGUGGGGAGGGCGUACCUCAACAACCACCUGCUCCUCACCGUCAAGUUCCACAAGGACCCGUCGAGCUUUGAGGGGGCGCGCAUCGUCGGCUUCGAGGUGGAGCCGUCCUCGAUCAAGCACUCGUACUCGGGCACGUGGAGGGGCGCCGAGACGCAGCUCUCGACGUGCGGCGGCGCGGUGUCGACGCCGCUGGGCAUGAGCGGCGCGGCGGAGGCGGUCUUCACGUACGACGUGAAGUGGGAGGUGUCCGACAUCAAGUGGGCGAGUCGCUGGGACACGUACUUGCUGAUGGGCGACGAGCAGAUCCACUGGUUCUCGAUCGUCAACUCGCUGAUGAUCGUCCUCUUCCUCUCCGGCAUGGUGGCCAUGAUCCUGAUGCGCACGCUGCACCGCGACUUCAACCGGUACAACGCCAUCGAGGCGGCCGAGGAGGUGGAGGAGGAGACCGGCUGGAAGCUGGUCCACGGAGAUGUCUUCCGGCCGCCGCAGAACCCGAUGAUGCUCUCUGUCCUGGUCGGCACGGGCGCGCAAACCUUCUGCAUGACGGUCAUCACGAUGGUCUUCGCGGUGCUCGGCUUCCUCUCGCCCGCCAACCGCGGCGGGCUCGGCACCGCCAUGCUGCUGCUCUUCGUCUUUAUGGGCGUGCCCGCCGGCUACGCGUCCGCCUUCCUGCACAAGACGCUGAAGGGGGUGGACUGGCGCACGAACAUCCUGCUCACGUCCACCUUCUUCCCCGGCGUCGUCUUUCUCAUCUUCUUCGUCCUCAACUGCUUUGUGUGGGGCGAGAAGUCGUCUGGCGCCGUCCCGUUCGGAACCAUGUUUGCGCUGCUGGUGUUGUGGUUCGGAAUCUCCAUGCCGCUGGUCUUUGCGGGGUCCUACCUCGGCUACCGGCGCAAGAACGUCGACUUGCCGGUCCGCGUCAACCAGAUACCGAGGCAGGUGCCCGAGCAGGUCUGGUACAUGAGGCCCGCCUUCUCCAUCGUGGUUGGCGGACUCUUCUUUAUCCUCUCCUCCAUCUGGCUGCACCAGUUCUACUACGUGUUUGGCUUCCUGCUCCUCGUCUUCCUCAUCCUGAUCAUCACCUGCGCCGAGAUCACCAUGGUGAUGUGCUACUUCCAGCUCUGCGCGGAGGACUACCACUGGUGGUGGCGCGCCUUCCUCACCUCGGGCGCGCGCCCGCCCAGAGACACACGACAACAACGGCGCUCCACACUCCGCUCGUCGGCGGGGUACAUGUUUGCGUACUCGGCCUUUUACUUUUACACCAAGCUCGAGAUCACAAAGCUCACCUCGUGCUUGCUCUACUUCGGCUACAUGUUCAUCGCCGCCCUCGUGUUCUUCGUCCUCACGGGCACCAUUGGCUUUUACGCGUGCUACUGGUUCGUGUGGAGGAUCUUCUCGGCCAUCAAGGUGGACUAGGGAGGAGGGGAGAGGGGGAAGAGAGAGAGUGUGUGAGAGAGAGAGAGACACCGGGCGGCCGUCGGUGCGGCUUGUGGCGAGCAGCGCAGAACCUGCACACGGACUCGCGCCGCCGCAGUGAUGUCAUGCCUUGCACGGCCCCUGCGGAUUAUGUGUUUUUGCGCAGCCAGUAGAGCCGAGAAUCUGGU